UAUGGGUCUUACACCCUUAUGGAUUUGAGGACUAAAAAGAUUCUUACCCUACAGUUGGUUCAGAGCAAUGAAGUCGGAUCAAGCAAUGCUAUGGAGAAGGAGGGUCUGGCUAGGGCGAUUGACUUCAUAAGGAGGAACUGCACAUUGCAGAUCGGCAAGAUCGUCACUGAUCGCCACCUACAGAUCGCCAAAUGGAUAAGGGAAAACCUGCCAGAAACAUGUCAUCUGUAUGACAUCUGGCACAUUGCUAAAGGUCUCAGGAAGAAGCUUUCUGCCUUGGCAAAGCAGAAGGAGUGUGAGGUAGUAGGUGAUUGGACAAACUCCAUUGUCAAUCACCUAUACUGGUGUUCCACAACAACUAGGGAAGGUGCUGGUGACUUGGUGGAGGGCAAGUGGUUGUCUCUUGACAACCACUUGCACAAUGUUCACAGUGGCCACAGUGAAGCCUUCCCACAGUGUGCCCAUGGGCCCUUGCGCAGACAGUGGCUUAAACCGAACACAAAGGCCAGUGUUAAGCUUUCUGCUAUCAUUACAAAGAAAAGCCUUCUGAAGGACAUCCGAAAGCUGUCACCCAAAUACCAGACCGCACACUUGGAGGCAUUCCAUAGUACAAUCAACCACUUUGCUCCAAAAUGGGCAGCAUUCUUUUACAUGGGGAUGUUGUCAAGGCUCCAUCUGGCUGCUCUGCACCACAACGAAAACUGUGGGCGGGGACAGGCCAGAAACAAGGAUGGGGAGAGAAUCUAUAAGAUCAGGUAUAAAAAGUUCAAGAAGUCAUGCACAGUGCAGGCAGUGCAAGGGAGCUGCACGUUUGACUAUGUGACUGAACUCACAGAAGAAGCAGUGAGGCUCUGCGAAGAAGCUAUCGUGGAUGAUGAUCUGAUGGAAAUACCACCAACCCUUACAAGUACUAGUGGUGCUGACAGGCUGAACAAAGAAGCUGCCAUCCAGGCCCACAGAACAAGAUUCAGCAUUGAUGAAUAG